UCCUGCAUUAGUCUUGUACCUCCGCGUUCAGAAGCUACGUCUACAAGCACCAUGCUUGUCUGGGUGUUGGUGAGUGUUGUGGUGGGCUUGACCUCGGGUCAGGGAUUUCUCCGUGAUACGCCGGAGGUUGAAGCAGCGCGCAACGCCUUCGUCAGGGAGUACAACCGCCUGGCGCUGUUGGCAGCUAAGGCGCCGGACACACACGGCUUCAGCAGCCAUCAACAUCUCGGUGUGCCUCUUCCUACCUCCCACCGCCUCACGCCAUCCAUCAACGCCUACGCCUAUACAUCCAACUUCGGUGGCACCCAGCCCGGCCACCUGGCAGGCCAUCUGGCCGGCCAUCUGGCAGGACAUCAUGUCCCGGCGGUACAGUCAGCCCCAUGGCCGCGAUGGACAGGUCCUCUUGCGGACACAGUGCCCGCAGGCUUAGACGGAAAGGUGAAGGACACGCCGACUGUGGCGGCCGCCAAAGCCGCGCACCUCGCGGCGCUACAGAAAGCCGGGUACGCAAAUGGCCAGUCGACUGCCUACAUUACUGGACACUUGGGCGGACACAUGGCCGGGCAUCUGACGGCAACGCACCGUUUCGCUCCCACAGCCGCAGCUGUGCCGGUCUGGACGGGGCCAGUGGCGGACACUGUUCCUGCAGGUGUGGAUGGACAGGUGAAAGACACGCCAGGUGUGGCUGCUGUAAAAAACGCCCAUCUGCAGGCUGUGGCCGCAGCGCUCGGCUACCGCUUUUGAAUAGGCAGACAAAAGACCCUGGCGCAGUUGCAUAGGGGUGAGGCGUGCGCAGUCACCAACUGGGUGAGGCGUGUGCAGUCACCAGCUGGGUGAGGCGUGCGCAGUCACCAACUGGGUGAGGCGUGUGCAGUCACCAGCUGGGUGAGGCGUGCGCAGUCACCAACUGGGUGAGGCGUGUGCAGUCACCAGCUGGGUGAGGCGUGUGCAGUCACCAGCUGGGUGAGGCGUGCGCAGUCACUAUAUAUACUAUGCACAUUGCCAUGGAUGAACUUACCCUUCUGAACAAUUCUCCAAUGUAUAUAAUAAACACAUGUUUCUCGUA